UUGCAGGCCCCAGGCGGUUGCCAGGCGCGCGAGCGAGCGGGCUGCGGGCAUGGGCGGCUUGCGGCUGCUGGCGCUAGCCCUUACGUGCAGCUGCUGGUGGCUGCAGGGCGGCCAGGCCAAGACCCUGCGGGGCAGCUUCAGCAGCGCCGCGGCCCGGGACGCCCAGGGCCAGAGCAUCGGCCAUUUCGAGUUCCACGGUGACCAUGCUCUUCUGUGUGUCAGAAUCAACAACAUAGCGGCGGCCGUUGGGAAAGAAGCUAAACUCUACCUGUUCCAAGGCCAGGAGUGGCUCAAGCUGCAGGAGAGCAGCCCUGGGUACAGCUGUAGUGAGAGGCUCACCCGGGCCCAGGUGACAGUGACCAUGAACCAGACAGAACAUAACCUGACGGUGUCCCAGCUUCCGGCUCCCCAGACGUGGCAUGUGUUUUAUGCAGACAAGUAUACCUGCAGAGAUGACGUGGAGAGUCCCCAGGUGGAGGAUAUCCCGUUUGAAAUGGUGUUACUAAACCCGGAUGCCGAAGGAAAUCCAUUUGAUCAUUUCAGCGCUAGAGAAUCUGGGUUGCAUGAGUUCUUUUUCCUCCUCGUCCUGGCAUACUUCGUGACGGCUUGCGUUUAUGCUCAGUCACUGUGGCAGGCUAUUAAGAAAGGAGGGCCCAUGCACGUGAUCCUCAAGGUCCUGACAACCGCACUGCUGUUACAGGCGGCUUCAGCCUUAGCUAAUUACAUCCACUUCUCCAGGUACUCCAAAGAUGGAAUCGGGCUGCCUCUAAUGGGAAGUUUGGCAGAAGUUUUUGACAUUGCCUCCCAAAUCCAGAUGCUGUACCUGCUUCUGAGCCUGUGCAUGGGGUGGACCAUAGUCAGGAUGAAGAAGUCUCAAAGCAGGCCGCUCCAGUGGGACUCUACCCCUGCGUCCACAGGCAUCGCCGUGUUCAUUGUCAUAACCCAGAGUGUUUUGCUACUUUGGGAGCAGUUUGAAGACACUGGUCACCAUAGCUCACAUUCCCACCACAGCUUGGCGGGGGUCCUGCUCAUCAUCUUAAGGGUUUGCCUGGCACUGUCACUGGGCUGUGGACUCUACCAGAUCAUCACCAUGGAGAGGAGCACGCUCAAGAGAGAGUUCUACAUCACAUUCGCCAAAGGCUGUAUCCUGUGGUUCUUAUGCCAGCCAGUGCUUGCCUGCAUUGCUGUCAUUUUUAAUGACUACCAAAGAGAUAAGGUUGUUACAAUAGGUGUUAUCCUUUGCCAGUCUGUCUCCAUGGUUACUCUCUAUAGACUCUUCCUGUCGCACAGUCUGUACUGGGAGGUUUCCUCACUCUCCUCAGUAACAUUACCACUGACCAUUUCAUCUGGACACAAAAGUCGCCCUCAUUUCUGAUACUUGAUUCUUGUGAGAACAAGAAGUGACGUGGACAAGUGCAAUAAGGCUCCAGAUGCGGUGAUGUCCCUUCAUGCCUUUGCCAUGAGAGACAGAACGGAGAUAGCAGAGCAUGUUACUUACACAGCUGCAUUCCAGCAGUGCCAAACUCAGAGGUAACACAUGUUCUGUACUCAGACAAUAAACUCUGGAGAGAGGAUCUUGUUCCGAGGCAACUGCAGCCCUUUUGCCCAGGAGAUCAGCGUGAAAGAGAGGACUUGAAUGGCGUGUGGUCGGGUGCUCACACUCAGGUCUGAUGGUCUCAAACAGUGUUCACUCACACGAUCACGCUUGUGCACAGCCAACUACUCCAGGUAUGACGUCAGAGUGAGACGCUGGUUUUAAAACUACUUUUUAUGCUUUAAAGAACAUGCAUUUCGUAUUUCAAUGUAAAGGAAUUGGAAGUGAAUACUCCAGAAAAUAAAUAGAAAGUGUGUUAACAGUUAAGUGAAUCAGCUUCUGUUUAUUCAUGGGUAGAGCUAUUCUGCAAUUUUUGCUUGUGUUGUUGGUCCUAGUUCAGGCUUUUUCUUGGUAGGAAAGGAUUUUGGAAAAUCUUAGGUACAUUACAUUGGCUGUACGAACAGAGGUUUUAAAUCUGAGCACUUGGGUAAAGGAACAAGCAGUUUUUUGUGUUUAAAAAGAAAGAAGGAAAAAGUAGUAUAUUAUAUAGCUCUAAAAUUUUAAUCCUGAGGUAAUUCAUUUCUCUUAUAUUAAAUCCUCAAUUAUAAUUAAGCUGUAUACACAGAUUAAAUUAACAGAGGUAUUUCACAAAAAUAUUGGUUUCAGUAAUCAACUACCCAUGAAUUCCUGCCCAAGGAUACUUAAUCAGGAUUAUAUUUUCGGUGAAUAAUUGAAAAACAAAAUGCUCACUGGAUUUGUUAUAAUCCAUGUUGGCAGUGGGUUGUAAGCAGUGCCAUCUUGAAUCCUUUGUAACAAAGCUGUGUGUGUGUGUGUGUGUGUUGUCCCCAGAUUGUCUGUAGUUUUCUAAAAAGUGCCCAGUUAAAGAACUGCUGUGGUUGUCAGUCCUCUGCUGUGGUUGUCUGUCUGACCUCUGCUGUGGUUGUCUGUCCUCUGCUGUGGU